CCAGGAGGUCUGUUUGUCUGCAGGGAGAAAGCUAAAAAGAAAGAGAAACGGGAAGGGAGGGUGAGUGAGGAGGAGGAGAACCUUUUUGCCAUGGACCUCAUUGCCAGAAUGGCACUGGAACUGAAGCUCUUAUGUUUCCUUCUGUGGAUGUUUUCUCUCAAUUUGUGUUGCUACAGUGGCACUGAGAAUGAAGUAAAUCUGCUUGACACGUCUUCAAUAUCAGGUGAUUGGGGCUGGCAAACGUACCCAUCACAUGGGUGGGAGUCCAUCAAUGGAAUGAAUGAAUACUUCAGCCCAAUACAGGCGUAUCAAGUUUGUAAUGUCAGGAGUCCUGGUCAGAAAAACUGGCUGUGUACUAACUGGAUCCAACGGGACGGUGCACAGCAUAUCUAUAUCGAGGUCAAGUUCAUACUGCGGAACUGCAACAGCAUGCCUGGUGUGCUUAGCACCUGCAAGGAAACCUUCAACCUGUAUUAUUUUGAGACAGACCAUGAUGUUGGGACUAACAUCUGGUAUAACAGGUUUUCCAAGAUUGACACGAUCGCAGCAGAUGAAAGCUUUACCAGCAUGGACCUAGCAGUGCGGAGGCUCAAGUUAAACAGAGAGGUGCAAGGGGUUGGUCCCCUAAACAAGAAGGGCUUUUAUCUCCUGUUCCAGGAUACAGGAGCCUGCAUCACUAUUGUUUCUGUGAGGGUGUACUAUAAAAAGUGCCUGGGGAUGGUCCACAACCUGGUCGUAUUCACAGACAUAGUGGCAGGAGCAGACUUAUCAGCGCUGGUGGAGGUUUAUGGUCAAUGUGUAGACAAUGCGGCUGAGGAAGACACCCCAAAAAUGUACUGUAGCGCUGAAGGGGAAUGGCUCGUCCCGAUUGGGAGGUGUGUAUGCACUGCUGGGUUUGAACAGCAAGAGAACGCCUGUGUAGCUUGUGAGGUGGGGUCCUACAAACCUUCAGCAGAAGACAAGCUGUGUAGAAAGUGCCCCCUACACAGCCAUUCAGAUGCAAGAGCAGCUCUGUUUUGUCCAUGUGAGCCUAACUACUAUCGCUCAGCUGCAGACCCUCCAGGCACACCAUGCACAAGACCCCCAUCUGCUCCAGUCGAUGUGAUUUCUGAGGUGAACGGCACUUCUGUAAGCCUGGAAUGGGGCCUGCCACUGGACCUCGGUGGGCGGAGUGACAUCCUAUAUAAUAUAGUUUGCCUGAAAUGUGUUGAGAACUGGACAAAAUGUGAGGAUUGCAAUGCAGCCGGAGAAAGCAGUAGAAGCAGCAAUGGAGGAAAGAGGGGAGCGAUCCCGCCUGUGCGCUUCAUACCUCAGCAGAGAGAACUGGAAGAGCACUGGGUUAUGGUGCUGAACCUGCUAGCACACACAAACUACACCUUCAACAUUCAGGUGUUCAAUGGAGUGUCACACCUUAGCCCAGAACCAAGGAAGUUUGCCACUGUCAAUAUCACUACAAACCAGGCAGCACCAUCCCAGGUGAUCGCUAUCCGGCAGAAGAACACCAGUCAGAACAGCAUCACUUUGUUAUGGCAUGAGCCGGACCAGCCCAAUGGUGUUAUCCUGGAGUAUGAUAUCAAAUAUUACGAAAAGGACAUGGAACAUCAGACAUACUCCACCUUCAAGUCCAAGGACACCAGUGCCAAAGUGUCUGGGCUGAAGCCAGACACUCGCUAUAUGUUCCAGGUGCGCGCCAGGAACUCUGCCGGCUGUGGGCGCUUCAGCCACAGCGUGGAAUUGCACACUGGGAAAUCUGAGCUUUUUGGGUAUGACGCUAUGACAAUUAUCUGGAUUUUCAUAAUACUGGUCACAGGCCUGGUGGUAUCUCUUGCUGUCUUCAUCUGCAUGAAAUGGCCCUGCAGAUCCAGUAAAGCCAUCCAGAAUUCAGAUGAGGAGAUAACGAAUGACCAGCAUAGGCACACUACAUUGCCAGAUGCCAGGCUUCACAGCGACAGCAACACAUAUGAAGAUCCAUGUCAAGCUGUACAUGAAUUAGCUCAGGAAAUUGAGCCUUCAAGGAUAACAGUUGUGAAAAUCCUUCACUCAGGCGAAUUUGGAGAAGUGUGCUUUGGCCGCAUGAAGCUCCCAGGGAAGCGUGAUAUUCCAGUGUCCUUGAAAACUCUGAAAGAGGAAUGCAGUGAAAAGCAGCAACGGGACUUUCUGAGCAAGGCCAGCAUCAUGGCACAGUUUGAUCAUCCCAAUGUCAUUCACUUGGAGGGCAUUAUCACCAGAAGUAAACCACUAAUGAUAAUUACUGAAUACAUGAAGAAUGGAUCUUUAGAUUCCUUCCUCAGGAGACAUAAUGGACAGUUCACUAUCAUCCAGCUGAUUGACUUUCUGCAUGGGAUCGCAGAUGGUAUGACAUACUUGGCUGAUCUUGGAUAUAUCCACCGUGAUCUGGCUGCCCGUAACAUCCAAGUCAGCAGUAACCUGAUGUGUAAAGUCUCUGACUUUGGCCUGUCACAAGUGCUGGGGGCUGGCCCAGAUGCAGCCUACACCACUGCUGUGGGAGAAAUACCCAUCCGCUGGACAGCCCCUGAAGCUAUCACCUAUCAAAAGUUCUCAUCGGCCAGUGAUGUAUGGAGCUAUGGAGUGGUGAUGUGGGAGGUCAUGUCAUAUGGAGAAAGACCAUACUGGAACCUAACUAACAGAGAUGUGAUAAAGUCAGUGGAAGAAGGCUACCGCUUGCCAGCACCUAUAGGAUGCCCAGGGGCACUGCAUACUCUCAUGUUAGACUGCUGGCAGAAACACUGCAAUGAAAGACCAAAGUUCUGCCAGAUAGCCAUAAUACUGGACAAGCUGAUGCAUAAUGGUGAAAACCUGAAAGUACUGGAUGCACUAUGCAGGGUAAACAGCCGUUUGAGCAGAAACAUUCCAGAUUUCAGCAGCUGUGGUUCAGUGGAAGAAUGGUUAGAUAUUAUUAAAAUGGGCCGCUACAAAGAACACUUUGCUGCACGUGGAUAUGUUACACUCAGACAUAUAAUCGGAAUAAAUCACCAAGACAUUCAGAGGCUGGGGGUGACACUCCUGGGCCACCAGAAGAAAAUCAUGACCAGUGUGCAAGUGACUCGUGUCCAGGUGCUCAACAGAAGCAUGCCGUCAGUGUAUGUAUGAUGAAGGCCUAGGCUCCUUCUGUCCUUAGGAAUGUCCAACACACUCAUAUUUUCAGAGACAGAAAUAUAUAAACUCCUGCUAUUACCGUUCAACAUAUCCAUGAAUUGAAAAACAUACUGCUGAAGAUUUUGAGGAGUUUUGUUUUACAAAACUUAAUCAAUGGAGUUUUUUUUAAAUAAAUCAUUUUGAAGCAAAUAUGAAUUUGGAUUAAAACUGUUGGAUUAAGUCUGUUUAUUAGAACAAAAAUAUAUGAUUAGUCUUUUUGUGUGUUUGUGUGUGUAUAAUUAUUACAAGCACCAUAGAAAACAACAAAGUACUAAAAUGAUCUUUCUGUAAAACCUUUGGCUACAAUGAACUUCUUGUAGUACUAACUAUAUUAGAUAUUCAAAAGUCAGAAAAUGCAUAUAUUGUAUAUACAGUGCAGUGCAAAAGUCUUAGGCAGUCAGAGGAAAUGUUUCAAGCAAUUACAUAUAUAUUUUCUCAGAACAGAAAACACAAUUUAACAGUAGAACAUUAAGCAAAUUAAGAGCAACACAAUAAAAACUAACAGGAAUGUCUUAUGUUCUCCAAAAAGUCACUUGGAUGGCAAAAAGUCCUGUUGGAUGGCUAGAAGAACUCCGCUUCAAUUCCCAAACCUCCCCUCAGAGGCACCUCAGUCUUUCCACGUAUUCUUUACAUCGGCUCAAUUUAUUAUUAGUCGAGUCAAAAAAUAUAUUGGUGUAUAGGAUGGUUACCCCAAAUACUGGGAUGACAAUAGGAGAGGUAAAAUAUUUUGAAAAGGCUAAGCUGAAUCACAUUGACAUACAUCAUAGAAGAUCAUUUGAACAUUAUUUUCUUAGAACACCUAACACUUUUGCACAGUACUGUAUUUAUAUAUGUAACAUUUAUAAUAAAUGUACAAA